AGUGACUCGGGCCGCUGAAAGCCCCGUGAGCUGCUCGGCGCAGUCCACAGCACAAUGCGAAGGGGAAGUGUGAACAGCAGCAGGGUUCACUCAACUUCAGUCUGAAAACUGAGCCGAACGGAUCCAACUUCUACCAAACAGGUUCCAUCAGCAGAGGUGCACCAUGGCUCAAGGCUGCCUCAAGUGUUUAAAGUACACCAUGUGUGUCGCCAACUUCCUUUGCUUUGUGUGUGGUGUGGCGGUUCUGAGCUUAGGCGUUUACCUGAUGGUGACCUUCAAGAUAACCUCGUUGACCCCGUCCCUGGCCAGCCUGAACAUACCCAGCAUGCUGCUGAUCAGCGGCAUCAUCAUCACCUGUGUGUCCUUCCUGGGCUUCCUGGGAGCUCUAAAAGAGAACCGCUGCCUCCUCCUGACGUUUUUCCUGGUGCUCUUCAUUCUGAUGCUGGUGGAACUCACUGCUGCGUGCCUGAUGCUCAUUUAUGAGAACACGAUCGCUGAAAUAGUGGCAAAGGACCUCAGGGAUGGUUUGGACCAGGCCAGAAAUCAGACUUCAGAUCCAGCUUCAAAAAGUGACUGGGAUGUGGUUCAGCAAACGUUUGAAUGCUGUGGAGUCAUCAACUACACUGACUGGCAGAAUAACAUCCCGCAUUCCUGCUGUAAGGGCGGAUGUAGCCCGGAAAGCCCGAAGUACUUUAAAACGGGCUGUUUGGAAAAAAUGAAACAGUGGUUUGAAGACAAUUUCCUGAAUACUGGGAUCUCUGUCAUCCUGCUCUGCAUCAUUGAGGUCCUGGCCAUGUGUUUCGCCAUGACGCUCUUCUGCCACAUCAGCAGGUCUGGACUGGGCUACAAGUUAUAACCAGCGCUGCUCAGCCGGCGCCCUUUGGGCCGAGAAUGCAGUUGUACAGUUAGGCCUCCUGAAAAGCUUUGGAGUUCUCUUUAUUUUUCUAACAUUCUACAAAAGCUUUCCUUGUAUAGGUAUUUUAUGUCCCUUCUGAGGUGAUUGUUGUAUGUAACCCACUUGUUGCAGUUUUUGCCUGUAUGUCUGUAUUUUAAACAGUUUCUGAUGCACAGUAAUCCGUCUUGAAAAGAAUCAGCUGAUAAACCAAUAAAGUGUUUUCGGGUCACAUGAUCUGCA